AUGGCUUCCACAGCCUCCUUCUCUCCGAGUCCGCAAGCUCAAACGUACAGUUCCACAUGGCCGAAGCCGUCGAAGCUCAGCCACAAGUUCCUCUUCAGCUCAGCCUCCAACCUCCUCUUCUUCAAGCCAUCACUGUCUUCCUCCACUCCUUUCCCCCUCAGCCUCAAGCCCCCUUCCGACCUCGUUCACACCCACCUUGUCCGAGACUCCGUCCAAGACAAUUUCGUAGAAAAUUCGAUGAAUUUACAGUUACCUAUCAGAGAAUUUCACCUGAUUACGCCGCAGGACUCACCGCCGCGGAUUUUUAUCCAAGACCCGCCGUGGAUUGCCGCGCUGUUUCUGAAGGGAAUGUACAAAAAGGCCAACCAGGAGUUGAAAUUGGAGUCGAAGGAAAUCGGCGGGGGAAGUAAAAUUUGCUCCGGCGGUGGCAGAUAA